CUAGUCCAACUCCAUCGCUCCGAGAGGAGAGAAAACAUAGCGUCGGUUUAGUCCUUUUCGAUCCGUCGGUGAUCAAAUAUGGGUGUCACGUCGUACGAGAGGCUGUCCCUGUCCGGCUCCGGGACCGGGAGCCGCUGGCGUCGCGGAGGAGCGUGGGCGGCGCUGAGGCGCGGGCUGCUGGCGCGGCUGUGCGCGGCGCGGCGGUGGGGGGCGUCGGCGAGGAGGAGGAGGAGGAGGGGGAGGGUGGCGGCCGGGUGCGGGUACGACUCGGAGGGAUACGCGCGCAACUUCGACGACGGGGUGUGGAAGGCGGAGGAGGGCGUGCGGUGGGGCGCCGCCGGGCCGUCGUCGCUCGCGGCGCGCAGGCUCGCGCGCGCCGUGUCCGCCGUGCAGUGAUUCUGUUCUUUGAGCAUGAUAAAUCGUGGAAUAGGGAACUCAAGUAUAGUGAUUUUGGUUAAUUUGUACAGGAUAUGGUUUUGCUGUGGUAUAGUGGUAGGACAGUUUUGUUUGUAGCUGUGAGUUGUACUAAUUCUUUCUCAGAUGGAAAGUGUUUCAUUUGGAUCAAGGCAAGUUUCGGAGAGACGAUCGUUAGCGAGUGUUUGGGCCUA